AUGGAUGAUAAAUAUAUCCUUAGAGAAAUCCUUGGGAGUCACUCCUUGGAUAAUACUUUUGCUGGAAGGAAUAACUCGCCAGUGUACCUGCGUGGAACUGAAAGGCCAGCUUACAAUAAUGAAAGUUAUCACUUCCGGGACUUAGAUGGACGAGACAGGACUGAUAUCCGGCGCAACUCGUCCUUCCUGGCCAGGGUUCUAGACGGAACAAUAGCAUUGGAGGCAAGACGAUGGCUGGGACAUCAGCUUAGAGCGAAAUAUCCCGACGGAACAUCAUGUAAUUCACCUCCCCCGAAACCUAACCAUGACCAAAGCCUUCUGAAAAGUAAAGAAUGCCAUACUGUUGGAUUCGUCAUACUUGGCGUUUUACUGGUUGCUGUCGCUGGCGGGAGUGUGAUGGUCUAUGUUGGUCUACUAUCACCAUUUACAGACGAUACAGUACCGAAGGAGUGUAAUCAGACUCUUCCACGAUUUGGAAAUAACUGUGAAUUUAGAUGUCACUGCGCGAACCUAAGUGAAGUCUGUAAUAAACUCACCGGAAGUUGUCAAAGUGGGUGCAUUGAUGGCUGGCGAGGAAACGAUUGUCAAAUGAUUACGUCUGUGUUUGAUAAGUCAACCAUUCACGCAAAUUUGUCCUCCCAAGAGUUGGUUCAAUGUACCAUUCAUAAACUUUGGUACAAUUGGAGUAGUGUUUAUCUGACUUUCUACAAUGGAACUGAGACCACAACACUAAUAAGGGUGUCAGAAAACGGAGAUAAAUCGAUAUCAGACCACAGACUUAAUGCUACUUUGAGCAGAGCACCUGGAAUUGAGGCAGAUAAUGUAACCUUUGCCUUCGAUAUAGGAGCAGACGACUGUGAUUUGGCGGGAAACUAUGAAUGUCGAUUUGACAUAGUAGAUAAUUUCACUGCCUCCUAUGGAAACCUGACCUUGUCUGUUCAUGGUAUCUCCUUUGGUCUUCAGAUAGCAACAAAUAAUGAGUACUAUAACGGUUCUACGGAUUACAUCAACUGCAGCGUACAAUUAGCCGACCCUUCCUCAAACAUUGUGCUUACUUUCAUUGAUAGGGAUAAUACUACUCUGAAUUUAUCUUCAGUACAGGUUCAUCAACUAAUGGAAAAUUCCUUGCCAAAAUGCACUAAUAUGACAACUUUUGUUUUUGAAAUAAACGCCGCAAAUGAAAUGAACCAAUCAAAAGCUAAAUGUUCUUUGCUGGAUUCAAGUGGAAAAAUGCUAGAAUCGAACGGAUCCAUAAUUAAUAUUGUUUCAAAAUCUGCUUCUGUAUAUUCCAUGUUUGAAUCCACUUCUUAUGUGGUAAGACCUCAGUCAUCUUUCGAUGUAGUAUGUUACAUAUUUCUUGUGGAAACUGAGUGGGAGAGCAUUUCCUUAAAACGCUACACCAACCAAUCAGAAGAGCUCGUCAAAAUGUUCAGGGAUGGUUCGAUGAUAAACAUUGAUAACAGAAUUAGUCCUGUUUAUACAGACGGUAGUUCUAGCGUUAAUGUGACGUUUUCUUUUAACCUCACAAAUGACCCUGAUCAGUGUUCAUUGAGUGCUAUUUAUGGAUGUGAAUUUCAAACGUCUGAACAUUCAGAAUCCAUAUCCUUCUCCAAUACAUCUAUCGCUGUUGUAGCUCCCUUGUCUUCAGUUGACCUCUCUCUUGAAACUUUCUACGUCUCUGGGACCAAUUUCACCGUCAACUGUACGGCUGACGUGGGCAAUGUCAUAGAAACGGAAGUGACUUUGGAGAAAUGUCUAGAAGGCGGAAAAUACACGCCAGUGAGAGAAGAAGCUAGAGAUAUUCUAACAACAGAUGACGCUAAGGGAGUCAACUGCACAAACAAAAUGACAUAUCGAUACCACAUACCCUUUAUGGACAAUGAAGAUGGAAUGUCCGUCAGAUGUCAUGGCAGGGAUAAUGUUUACAGCAAAAAUGUGCCCACAUCAUGUGCAUCUAUAAAUGUCACAAAGGCCCAUGCAACAUUGGAUCCAAAAGUUCUCUAUGGAAAGUUCAACUCCACAGCCACAUUUCAAUGUAGAAUUCCUCUACUCGAGUCUUAUUUUUCUGAAUUCCAGUUUUUCAACGAUUCGUCGCAUCCAAUCCUGUCAAUAAAUUCUGACAAUAACGUAACCCCUCCACUCCAAAAUGAUCGAGUUUCCGCAGUAUAUAUUAGUAAUCAGUAUGAUGAGUAUAGAGCAGUGAAUUUCACCUUUGAUCUGAGAUCUGGAGAUGAAGUGUGUAGCUUUGCGGGAGUUUAUCGCUGUAAAGUAAAAAGUUUUAACGAAAGUCUACUUUCUCUUGAAGAUGAUGAAAGUCAAUUAAUUAUAGCAGCUCCCCCUUCAAAUAUAACCAUCGAAAUCAAGGACACUUAUUCUAAAGGUGGUAUUAACGAGACCAUCAACUGCACUGCAACUUUAAAUCCUAAUACUACAACAUUGACACUUGUGAGACUUUUUAAUGAAACUUAUACGAUGGUUCCAAAAAAUAUUACAAAGACAUCCAUGGAGACUGCUAGGACUGACGAUUGUCGUUAUGAUGUACAGGUGACAGUAACUACAACAUUUGACCAAUUUGAUCGAGCUCUGGUAGCCUGCUUAGCUAAGGACGUCGUAUUUGGCGAUUAUUUUUCUGUCAAUAAAACUAUAACUAUUGUUUAGAAGGAUGAUAUCUGUAUCAUCUUUGUGAGACUCACCUAUAUAAAUACAACGGAUAAUUAGCCUGAUUUUUUUUCGAAAUAAAGACAGCUGUAUGUAUAAUAUGUAACAUU